CAACCUGUGGGAGCCGGAGCUCGGUGUAAAGCUGGUUGGUUGGCACGGGCUGGUUUGUCGGUCGGUUCAUGGUAGCCAUGGCUCGAUUUGCUGCGCUACUGCUGCUACCGGUUCUCAUUGAAUCGGUCGUUUCAAUUUCUUUCUUUUUACCGGUCAACUCCAGAAAGUGUUUACGAGAGGAGAUCCAUAAAGACGUCCUGGUUACGGGGGAGUAUGAAAUAAGCGAUCAGUCGAACACCAAAACUAACCUGAAGAUCACUGAUUCUUCCAGUCACACGCUUUACUCGAAGGAAGAUGCAACAAAAGGAAAGUUUGCCUUCACCACAGAGGACUAUGACAUGUUUGAGGUUUGCUUUGAAAGCAAAUCACCCAUGGGAACAGGAAGAGUGCCUGACCAGUUGGUCAAUCUGGACAUGAAGCAUGGCGUCGAGGCCAAAAACUACGAAGAGAUUGCUAAGGUGGAAAAACUGAAGCCUCUGGAGGUUGAGCUCAGGCGGCUGGAAGAUCUGUCUGAGUCCAUCGUCAAUGACUUUGCUUACAUGAAGAAGAGAGAAGAGGAAAUGCGGGACACCAAUGAGUCCACAAACACACGUGUGUUGUACUUCAGUAUAUUCUCCAUGUGCUGUCUCAUCGGCCUGGCCACAUGGCAGGUUUUCUACCUGCGGCGCUUCUUCAAGGCAAAGAAGCUGAUCGAGUAAAUCGACUCAUCUGGCUCCUAGUCAGCACAUCCCAGCAUCCACCCUCCUUGGACUAGCUUCAACAAACAGCAAGUGGGGUUUAGGGGGCUCAAAAUAUAGUUUUCAAAGCUCUGAGAGUAUCCAUGUUUCCUCUGGGGGAAAAUAAGAUUUACCUGCUUAUUUAGUUGUUGGAAACAUGAAAACCCUGUAGGGAGAAAUGCAUUGUGAGAUGGGAGAUAAAUAUUUCUUUCUACAAUGUUUUGAAUGUUGCAGCUUACUAAAUAAAAUGUUGUUUUUUUUCCAUUAGCCAUUUGAAAAGUUGCUUUCUUUUUAUUGUUGAGCUCACUUUGAGUGGAUGUGCCACAAGUGAAUGUCUGCCCUUCUGUUAAUGUGCGCAUUAUUUGCAAAGCCACACACACUAAACACCCUUUUAUAAAGUAAAGGCUUUUUGAAACGUGGUAUUGUUUUUUUUAAGACAAUUGGCAACCACUGAACUCCUAUGUUGUCACUUAAAUUACAUACAUGUUCAGUAGCUAAAUUUAACUGUCUUUACUUUGUUUUCAUACUGUAACACCUAGUUGCUUCUGUUUUUCUGGGGGGGUUGAGUUUUCAGAUUAAUGUUAUAUUAAUUAUAAAUUUAAUCUCUUCUUUCAACCUUUGCAUGUUCAGACAUGGUUUUUUUUUUGGACAUUAUCAAAAGUAUCCAGGAACCAAUAUUCUUCUUGCAUCCAAGCAUUUUCUCUUUCUCCUUUUCAAUGUAUUUAUGCAAUCUGUCUUGUCAGUAUGUAGUGGUUGGAGGCUUUGACAAGAAUUGAACAAUUAUCCAAACCUACACCCUUUUGCUUUACACAGGCAAGUGUGACUUUCAGAAGAUCACUUCCCAGUUACAUAACCUGCUGAUCCAUCCAGUGUUCCUGUUUUCAGUCAAAUGUUUGAGGCCUGGGUCAUGUGAAUGUUGGUGGUUGCAGAUAUUGAUAUUUUUCUUUUUUUUUUUUUUUUGACUGGAAAUAUUGAAGGCUGUCCAGGUACAUUUUUAACAAUGAACAUGCGCAUGGAGUGCAGUCAAUUUUUAUGUUGACUGGUAAAUUUUGUAAAUUUGUGUUGGGCUUUUAUUCAAUAAAAUAUUGGAUGGAUUUAAAUGA